AUGAGAUAUGACCGGGGGAGGGUUGGGAGAAAAGAAUGUAUCUACAUACGGUGGCUGAGGAGAGGGGGAGCUCGCGGACGACUCGAGAAGGGCGCGCGCUCGCGGAGAGAAGAGGAGGUAAAUAUGUCCGGGGUGGUGGUGCAAGAGGAGAAAAAAACGGAUUUACAGGAAGGCAUCGGGGGCAUCCAUUUGGGGGAGAAAUACGAGGAGCAUGAAAGGAAAGGAAAAGAAAAAGAUAAAGAGAGAUACGAGUGA